CUCGCUGAGGCUGAUGGAGGAUGGGGAAGGGGAGGGGGAAUGACCCAAUCCCCUGCUUCACGUGCUGAGCUUCUGCUAAGCAUGUGACCAUCUCUCCCAAUCACUGACUACUCCUUUGACUUCUCUCUCUCUCUCUCUCUCUUUCUCUCUCUCUCUCUCUCUCUCUUCCCCCAUUUUCAUACGCAUCCUUUUCAACUCGGCCAUCAGCUUUCACUAGCUAACUCGCUCCCUCACACGCAACUCACUCCCUCUCUGCAACUAUUCAAACACAGCUCUUCCCGUCCUCCCCAGAGCUCACACCAGAGUCUACAUUACACAGUAGCGAACUUUCUCUCUCUCCCUAUCCCCUCGAAGUAUUAUAAGAAGAAGCUGGGGAGAUUGUGUUGGGUGUUUGUGUCAAUAUAUGUAAAGAAGCAGAGCAAUCAUGGGCUGUAUUCAGUCCAAAACCUCCCAUCUCCCUUCUCCUGACCAAGACCCCCCUAUAACACCUGACCCUAAACCAGAUCCAGCGAAUGGUGAGCAAGUGGACCAAGACCUAGUUCCUGCAUUCAAAGAGUUUGGCCUCUCGGAGCUCCGAGCUGCUACUAAUGGAUUUAGCAGUGAGCUGAUUGUUUCAGAGAGUGGGGAGAAAGCCCCCAAUGUUGUCUACAAAGGGAAGUUGAGGAACAACAGAUUCAUUGCCAUUAAACGGUUCUCCAAACAGUCUUGGCCUGACCCACAGCAGUUUGUGAAAGAAGCCUCUGGUGUUGGAAAGGUUAGACACAAAAAAUUGGUAAACCUGAUUGGGUGCUGUGCUGAGGGAGAUGAGCGUCUUUUGGUGGCAGAAUACAUGCCAAAUGAUACACUCUCCAAGCACCUAUUUCACUGGGAAAAACAGCCUUUGCCAUGGGAAAUGCGCGUGAGAGUUGCAUACUAUAUUGCUCAAGCACUUGACCAUUGCAGUUCAGAGAACCGGAAGAUCUAUCAUGACCUGAAUGCAUAUAGAGUUCUGUUUGACGAGGAAGGUGACCCCCGAUUAUCGAGCUUUGGCCUUAUGAAGAAUAGCCAUGAUGGAAAAAGCUACAGCACUAACUUGGCUUACACACCUCCAGAGUUUUUACGGACAGGAAGAGUCAUCCCAGAGAGCGUGAUCUACAGUUAUGGAACUGUGCUGCUUGACCUGUUGAGUGGAAAACACAUUCCUCCGAGCCAUGCAUUAGAUCUGAUCCGGGGCAAAAAUUCGCUUUUACUAAUGGAUUCCUCCUUAGAAGGACAAUAUGCCAAUGAAGAUGCAAGUGCUCUGGUUGAAUUGGCCUCGAAAUGCCUGCAGUAUGAGGCUAGAGAUCGGCCUGAUAUUAAGUUCCUUCUUUCGGCGGUAGCUCCCCUUCAGAAGCAACAAGAGGUGGCAUCUCAUGUUCUUAUGGGAAUCACAAAAACUCCAGUGGUCAUCCCAACGUUGCUUUCACCUCUUGGGAAGGCUUGCGCUAGGAUGGAUCUUACUGCGGUGCAUGAUAUUUUACUUAAAACCGGUUACAAAGAUGAAGAGGGGGCAGAGAAUGAGCUCUCAUUCCAAGAGUGGACACAGCAAGUUCAAGACAUGUUGAAUACAAAGAAGUUUGGGGAUAUUGCCUUUCGGGACAAGGAUUUCAAGAAUGCUAUUGAAUACUACUCAAAGUUGGUGUCAAUGAUGUCGGUUCCAUCGGGCACCGUGUUCGUGAGGAGGGCACUUUCCUGCUUGAUGAUCGAGCAGCCCGAGCUGGCCUUGAGGGAUGCAAUGCAGGCCCAGGUCUGCCUGCCUGAGUGGCCCACUGCCUUCUACAUGCAGGCCCUCGCCCUCUCCAAGCUUGGGAUGGAAACUGAUGCACAGGACAUGCUCAAUGAUGGUGCCUCCUUCGAAGCUAAGAAGCAGAACAGUUGGCGCAGUUAAAAGCGGUUUCUUCCUCUGGCCUUCCUUUUUCCUCAUUCGUGAAGGAAAGGAUUCUUAAGUUCGAGGCAUAUUUAAGCUUCUCGAGAAAUUUGUACUUGCCAGAAGAACAUGAAGUGUAUAUUGAAAUUGCGCGACAGAUAAGAUAGCUCCUCUUUUGGAAUCUAAGGCAAAGUUGAUUGUGUUGAGUUAGACAGUUGAACACAGGCAGCAUGAGCGUGUAGUGCCAUAGCUCUAGAACGUUAACCUAUCUUACCUUAGAUUUGAGAUGUGUCAGGUUUGGUAUGUGGUGGAGAUGAAUUAUAUGGUCCCCCUCGAUAUGCAUUUGAAAUAUGGACUAUGUUCGACUGAUCGGCUUAUGAAGUGAUCUAAACCAAAGGAUGAUCUACUCGA